AUGGAGGAGGAACGUCUCUUUGAUGAGAGAGUUUCUAUUCGAGAAUCUGCUCGUCCUCUUAAAAAGUAUGGUAGUACGUGCAACCAUAUGAAGAGGAACGAAGAAUACAUCAAACAUGUGAUAUCAAAAGGUGAUACGUUGCAGGGGCUCGCCCUAAAGUAUGGUGUAACUAUGGAGAAAAUUAGGAGGGCGAAUCGUUUGUUCGCUUCGGACAGUUUAUUUUUGAGAGAAUAUUUGUUGAUCCCUGUGACGAAAGAUUCUCCUUUCUACGAGAAUGCUGAACGUGUAAUGGAGCUUCCAGCACCCAGUCACCGCGCGUCCAUCGCUGGCAUGCCUACGAGAGACUUUUCUCCGGGUAGUCCGGACGAGAAGAAGUCUUUCGAUGAUUUCCUCAAUAGACUGGACUCUUCCCUCGCCGACAUAAAGAAACAUGUAGAAAAAUCGAAGGAAACUAGCGAAUUUGUGAAGGAUCUAGAAGACGGGUUCGUGCGUCACAGGCCGACGGCCCGAUUGCGUCAGUCCGCGUCGUUGGGGGCGUCGACGUCGUACAACGAGGUGAUUCCGCCGCCGCUGCCGCCGCCGCCCUCGACCCUCACGCAGGGCCGCCGUGUCGACUCCUCGCUGAAGCGGCUCGAAAGGGCUCAUGACGAUAUUUUCCAAUUGUAGCGGUCGAGACAGCGCAGAUAUGCGCGGUUCCAAUGAACGCUGACGUUAUAGCCUGUGACGUCAUAGUGCUAUACAGUGCGAAUGCGUCCCUAGACGCUAAGUACACUCGGUGAGUUCACCCGUGUCGAGUCACGCGAAGUGAUAUUAGAUAAUAAUGUAAAAGAUCUGUUUUCUAACUUUUUAUGUAUUCUGUAGCAGUUGGACUUUAUAAACAUCGAAUAAGUUUUUUUUCGUGUGUUUUAGCGUGAUAAUCGAUCAUAUUUCGAUGGUCUAUGGCGUGUCUUUAUACGGAGAUGUGCUAGAUUUGAGGUAAGCAACGAGUAUUCGUUGCUUGUCUAUAAAUUUUGACGAGUAUCACCCAUUUGCUUUCCGUUAAUUUUGAACAUCAAAUCAUCGAUGUCAAAAGUGAAAUAGUUACAGUUAGAAAGAAACAGCAAUAGCUUAGUGUGACGUCACACUCAUUGGUGCCAUACACCAUACAUGCUAUUACAUACUACACGACCACACUUUAAACAUUAAUACUUCCUGUGUUAGUUGAAAUAUCGAUAUUUGAAUUUUUAUAUCCGUCUAAACAAUAUGUUUACCUUUAUUAUCCUAGUAUAUUGUCCACCAUAGUUAUUUCACAUGGUUCAUACUUUCCCUUUGUAGAACGUCAUGAGGCGCAAAGCGAAAAUCAAAAUAAUUUUAAUGUUUAAUUUAUGAUGUCACGACGUCGCGCUGUGAUUUAUAAUCUUCUAUGAAAUCCUUAUAUUUAGAUUUUUUUCGACUGAAAUUUUUUAUUUACUAAUCGAUUAAUGAAACAUAAAUUAAAUUAACCGAAUAUUUUUUUUGGUACAUGCGACCAUAGAUAAUGAUAACCUUAUGUAAAAAAUAACCUCACUGACACUGGCCCAAACCUAGUGGCCAUCAUUAAGGACAAUAAUCUCAGUACAGAGUACUAACAAAACCGACCUCAAAGUACGUGAAAUUACAUCUAUUUACUGAAAUAUCUCUAGUUCGCCACUAUACAGGACUUGACACAGGAGAUAAU